AGGGAACGGGUCCGGCUUCUCCUUAAAGUAGCCGACCGGAGGUGGUUGGGCGGGCUUUACCGCUAUUAGCCAGUAGCAGGCCAGAUUGUCGGUCACGUGACUUUAAACUGGCCUAAUGAUUGGCCAUACUCUCUGAGUCCUCCACAGUAUAGAAUGGUUACACGCCAACCAUAGAGAUGGGCUUCCAGGAACGACUGAGAGUCGCGCAGUGUCUUAAAUUCUGGUUUCCUUCCCUACGUACGUCGUCAGCUUAUAAUUAGUUCAUCUCACUGUAGUACAAAACCUCGAAACUUUAGAAACCACAGGACGCAGGUAAUGCCUAGCCUGCUUGAGAUAUUCUGUGCUAGGAGCUAGGCUAGGAGCUGAGGAAAUAAAGGUGUUAAACUAGCUUUGCCCCUGAAUUUAACGUAGACUAUACCGGUAGAAAAAGCUUGUGUUUGAAAGCGCGCUGAUGUGCAACCAAAAGCUGCCUUUGUGAUGAAUUCGCCUCGUGACCUUGAUCACUUAGCCUUUCUGAGCCUCAAUUUGUGAAAAACAGGAAAAUCAAAAAAGUAAGUGUUGUAAGGAGUAAAUGAAUUAAUGUCAACCGCCUGGCACAUUCUGAGUAGUAAACGAAUGUUUGUUUUUAAAGGAUUGGUAUGACGUGGAAGACUUAUGUGACUGCUAUACUGUAAUAAAUGCUAAAAUAGAGCUAUAAGCAAACUACUUUGGAAGCCCAAAGGAGAGAAGGCCUAACUUUGGGAAAGAUGAAAGUACUUCUAAGUACUGAGCUUAUGUAGUGAGCCAGGCCUAUUUCUCACAAGUGGGCAGCAAGAAUAUUCCCCUGCCCGCUGGGUUCGAUUUACUGGGAGAGGAAACAGAAAACAGACCAGCACAAUAUCUGGUUAUCUUUACGUCCUUUGCAUGUUUUUCGUGGGAAUUCUUUUCCUUUUUUUCUCUUAACUUUUAAUAAGGAAAGUAUAUUGUUUGUUUGUUUUGUAAUAAUGAAAGCAUUUCAGCCUGAGUUUGUAGUUGAAUAAGAUUCUUACCUUCCUUAUUUUCUACACAGUCUUUAUUUAAAUUUAGAAAUUCCUCCUUGAUCCAAAACAGUAAUUAUUUUGGCAAGUGUUUUGUAACCUCUAUAUUGACUUUAAAAAAGAACAAAAGGCAUAGCAUAAGAGCUGUGCACUGAGUGUAUUCAGUGUCUUACUGAGAAAUAUAGCAUGAAACACAGCCCUCAGACAGCUCUGAGAAGAGGUGAACUGAAGGAGAUAACUGAGGGGCCAGGAUAUAUGUGAUUUUUUUUUCCCCUGGGAUAAAAACAUGUAGUCAAACAUCAAGGAUGAUUGCUAAUCACAAAGAGCAGAUAUCUCAAGGCACACUGUGAGUGACUGCAGUGGCUCAUGGCUUGAUCCUUGCAGAACUGGAAUGGCAGGUAACAUUUUUUUUCUUUACAAUGAUUAUUUUUGUUACUGUUUAAACUUCUCUUUUUAAUUUUGAAAUUUAUGACAUUGUGGUAGUUUCUACACUGGGAAAUGAAUUAAUGUUUUCUUUGUGGUCUAGAAUAUGAUCUGCUUUUAUGAAUGUUCCACAGAUUCGUGAAAUGAAGAUGUUUGCACUAUCAAGUGCAGAUAUUGACAUGAAAUGUUUAUUAAUUCAACCUUAGUUUUAAUUAUAUUGUCCACAUCUCUGUGUAUUUUAUACUUGAUUGGGAGUGUAUGUACUGUCAUUGAUUAAUAGUGAUAUGUUAAGAUUGUGCUUCAAAUACCAAAAGCAGGCAAGGAUGUAAAGCAACAAGAACUUCAUUACUGUUUGGGAAUGCAAAAUAGUACAACCAUUUUGGAAAAGAGGCUGGACAGUGUCUUGUAAAGUUAAACAUACAGUUACCAAAUGAUAUGACCCAGCAAUCAGUCCCUGGGUAUUUACCCAAGAGAAUGAAAAUUUAUGUUCAUACAGAAUCCUAUACAUGAGUGUUUAUAACAUUAUUCAUAAUUGCCUAAAACUAGAACCACCUAAAAGCCCUCAGUGGGUGAAUGGGUGAAUGGUAAGCAGUUGAGAUACUGCCAUACAACGGAGUGCUACUCAGCAAUAAAAUAGAAUGAACUAUGGGUACAUGGUGCACUAUGAAGAAUCUCAGAGGCGGGAAAGGAGCCAUUUUCAAAAGCCACGAUGGAUUCGUGUCUUUGCUGAAGGUUACACUGAGCUUCCAGCAGCUUAGGGGUGUCUUUAGGGGUCAGCACUAUGGCAGAAGGCAUCAAGACCAAAAUCAGGAACUCCCAGACUGCCCGCUUUGACAGCUGCUUCCUCAACCAGAACCAGACCAGGAACUGCUGGCAGAACUACCUGGACUCCCACCACUGUGAGAAGGCAGUGACUGCUAAGGGGGAUGUCUCCGUGUGCUAAUGGUACCCGUGUAUGCACAGGUUCCUCUGCCCCAUGUCCUGGGUAUCAGCCUGGGAUGACCGCCCGGUAGAAGGUACAUUUCCUGAAAAGAUCUGAACUGGCUCCACCCCACCUCCUCUCCCUUUGUCCUUCUCCCUGGGGUGGUGAAGGGGAACUUGGGUACACGGUGAUCCCCACCCUGGGAUCCUGAAUCAUGGCUUAACUAAUAAUAAAUACUCAUUGGAAGAACAAA